AUGAGCAUCACGGUGUUGGUGGACUCUCCCCUGGAUCUCGGCAUUAACGUUGGGGAGGACUGCCCUGUGUUUGAUGGGCUGUUUGAGUUCUGUCAGCUCUCUGCUGGAGGCUCUGUUGCCAGUGCAGUGAAGCUGAACAAGCAGCAGACAGACAUUGCAGUGAACUGGGCAGGAGGCCUCCACCACGCCAAGAAGUCGGAGGCCUCUGGCUUCUGCUACGUCAACGACAUCGUCCUGGCCAUCCUGGAGCUCCUGAAGUAUCACCAGAGGGUGCUGUACAUCGACAUCGACAUUCACCACGGGGAUGGUGUGGAGGAGGCCUUUUACACCACGGACCGUGUCAUGACCGUGUCCUUCCACAAGUACGGGGAAUACUUCCCAGGAACGGGGGACCUGCGGGACAUUGGUGCAGGCAAAGGCAAGUACUACGCUGUGAACUACCCCCUCCGGGACGGCAUCGACGACGAGUCCUACGAAGCCAUCUUCAAGCCCGUGAUCUCUAAAGUCAUGGAGACGUUCCAGCCGAGCGCUGUUGUCCUGCAGUGCGGGUCGGAUUCCCUGUCCGGGGACAGGCUGGGCUGCUUCAACCUCACCAUCAAAGGUCAUGCCAAGUGUGUGGAGUUUGUGAAAAGCUUUAACCUGCCCAUGCUGAUGCUGGGAG